GCUCCUGACAUUGAGGAGGGAGAUGAUCUCCGGUCCGCUAGAAAUACUCAGUGGUUCAGUUUUUAUUCAUGUGCUUCAGUCUGACAGGGAAAGGGAACCGCGUGGCCUCAUUACUCACAUCAGGACUUCCCCGCAACGUCUAAAGCUCGUGUCGCUUUGUCGCAAACCCUUGCAGUAAAAACUUUUCGGCUGAGCAAAGUUAAUUUAAGAAGCGAAAAUCAACGUCGGGAAGAGACAUAAUCUCAUAAGUUUAUGUGUGUGGGAUAAAGGUAGAAAACCUUCUCAGCGCAAGGAAAUACACCUCUCCAUCCAUCCUUCCAGAGUUCAUUUCUGCUGCUUGGACCUGCAACCAUGACGCGAAGAUCGUGCGCGAUCUACACGGUGGGGAUCAUCUGUGCCCUCCUGCUGAUCAGUGGGAUCGCGUUGAUGGUGGCUCAAGUUUUCCGCAAUUUGAUGCACAAACGCCUGACAAAGGAGAUUGUUUUAGUGGAGGGCAGCCGCGUGUUUGAGUCAUGGAAGACCCCUCCCCCUCCCGUCUUCAUGGAGUUUUUCUUCUUUAAUGUGACCAAUGUGGAGGAGUUCCUUAAAGGGGCCAAACCAGUUGUCAAACAGAUUGGACCCUACACGUACAGAGAAUACAGGUAUAAGGACAAUGUCACCAUGGUGGAAAACGGUACAAAGGUGUCGGCGUACAACACCAAAAGCUUUGUGUUUCUGAGAGAUAAGUCUGUUGGUGACCCAACUGUUGACAUCAUCACCACUGUCAACAUUCCUAUUUGGGUUGCAAUGAAUAAAGCGCAAGGUUUCAGUGCCUUUUUUAUGACCAUGAUGAUAAAAGGCAGCAAGAGUGGCUUCUUCAUUACUCGAACUGUACACGAAUUACUUUGGGGUUAUGAAGACGCUUUGUUGGAGCGCAUUUCCAAGUCCAGUCCUGCUGUUGGGAAGGUCUUUGGCCUCAUGUACAAGAAAAAUGGAAGCAACGAUGGGGAAUUUGUCUUCCACACUGGAGAGCAGAACUACUUAGAUUAUGGACGCAUCGAAACAUGGAAAGGGAAAAGGCAACUGACUUUCUGGUCAACAAACGAGAGCAACAGCAUCAUUGGAUCAGACGGAAGUGCUUUCCACCCUUUUCUGAACAAGAGCGAACGUAUUUAUGUCUUCACUCCAGACCUGUGCAGGACUAUCUACAUGGAGUUUGAGAAGGACGUUGAGGUGAAAGGAAUUCCUGCCUACCGCUUCACACCUCCCCGCUCUGUUUUGGCCAGCAAGGAGGAGAACCCGGCCAACGAGGGUUUCUGCGUCACCCCUAAGGAGUGCCUGGGAACUGGGGUCCUUAAAGUUAGCCCCUGUCGGAAUGGUGCCCCAGUGGUCGCCUCCUUUCCUCACUUCUUCCUGGCAGAAGAUAAAUAUGCAGCUGCCAUCGGAGGAAUGUCCCCACAAAGAAGUCAUCACCAAACGUUUUUAGACCUCAACCCGACAACUGGAGUGAUUGUGCGUGCAAACAAAAGAGCACAGGUUAACAUCUUGAUUGGCAAAGUUGGUGGAUACCCAGACACUAGAACCCUGAAUGAAACAGUCUUCCCUGUUAUGUUCCUGAACGAGAGUGUGGUGAUUGAUGAUGCAUCUGCAGCGAGAGUGCACAAGCUGCUGAUGAUUGUCAAUGUGGUAUCCAACUUCCCGCUUAUUAUCGUGGGACUGGGCGGGAUCAUGCUCAUUGUCUUCAUCAUCCUUCUGAUCAGGGCCCAUCAACAGAAGAAGGAAGUUAAGCAGAAUGUGUUUACCAAGGCUGCCUAUGCUACCUCAACUGAAGACAGCUCCCUUUAUACACCAGUCAACGUCACGGAGAAGGACGAUGGACAAAAUGGAAACUACAUUGGUCUGAUGGCUAAAACAGACCAACAAGCUUGAGGAGGAAGGAUGGGAUGGGGCUGUGUGGCAUCCUUUAAUUUUAAGCACAAUCUAUACAAUUUUCUUGGUUAAACACAUGCCACCUACAGUGCCUUGCGAAAGUAUUCGGCCCCCUUGAACUUUUCAACCUCUUGCCACAUUUCAAGCUUCGAACAUAAAGAUAAAAAAUUAAAAUUUUUUGUGAACAAUCAACAACAA